AUGGGACACCCUGGACUAGUUGAGCAGUGAGGUUGAUGGCAUCCUCCUGCUCAUGUUACAUUACAUUCCACCAGGUGCCCCAUAUACUGGGGACCUGGGAUGCACAGCACAUGCUCCGAGUUAACCCAACGUUCUCCACUCUCAGAAUAGUUCUAAGUCUUGAUUGUUUGUCUGUCGGCUGCUGUUUGUUUGUCAACCUAUAUCUCAUCAUCAUACAAAGUGAGUGACUGUCUGUGACCAGCUACCCUUGUUUCUGCAUGACCUCGGCCUGAAUGUCUGUGGAUGUCAAAUAAAAUAAAAUCAAAAUUUUAUUUGCCACAUGCGCCGAAUACAACACCGUCAAAUGCUUACUUACAGCCCUUUACCAACAAUGCAUUUAUUCCUUAAUAAAAAAGUAAAAUAAAACAACAACAAAAAAGUGUUGAGAAGAAAAGAGCAGAAGUAAAAUAAAAUAACAGUAGGGAGGCUAUAUAUACAGGGGGGUACCGGUGCAGAGUCAAUGUGCGGGGGCACCGGCUAGUUGAAGUAGUUGAGGUAAUAUGUACAUGUGGGUAGAGUUAAAGUGACUAUGCAUAAAUAAUUAACAGAGUAGCAGCAGCGUAAAAAGGAUGGGGUGGGGGGGCAAAUAGUCCGGGGAGCCAUGAUUAGCUGUUCAGGAGUCUUAUGGCUUGGGGGUAGAAUGUGUAGAAUGUAGGAUAUGUGUGUGUCCCUGUGUAUCCUGGUGUAUGCAUCCUGUUGUCGGUGCUGCCUUGCCUGUCUGUGUCUGACAGCCCGUAUCCUGUCUCCGUGCAGCAUAAGCUGAAGUCUUCGCAGAGGGACAAGGUCCGGCGGUUCAAAGCGUUCACGCAGGCGGGGGAGAAGACUGCCUCUUACUGCCUUACCCAGAAUGUCUGGAAACUAGAGGGGGCCACAGACAACUACUUCCAGAACCCAGACCUCUACUACAAGGAAUCCAUGAAAACUCCUGUGGAGAAGAAGCUGGAACAGCUCUACAACUGCUACAAAGGCAAGUGGGGAAAGUUCUGGAAGAAUGGAGCACGUGGAGAUUGUGUGUGUCAAAGAUUGUUUCUGUUAUGGGUCAGUAAGUGUGUGUGUAUUAUGUAUUUGUGGUGUUAUGCAUUGUAUUGCUUAUCUUGUUCACCAGAAGAGGAAAUGUGUGUUUGUGAGUCUCUCAGAUCCCUAAGAUAGUGAUUGCUGGACUGUGUGUGUGUGUUCAUUAAGCGUUUAUGUCACAUGUUAUUCCACAGAUCCCCAGGAUGAGAAUAAGAUUGGCAUCGACGGCAUCCAGCAGUUCUGCAAUGACCUCACCCUGGACCCGGCCAGCAUCAGAGUCCUGGUGUUGGCGUGGAAGUUCCGGGCUGCCACCCAGUGCGAGUUCAGCAAGAAGGAGUUCCUGGACGGCAUGUCCGAACUGGGGUGAGCGAGUGGUGAUGUCAUCACUCUGCGACACGGCUCCGUUUGGGGGCAUGACAGUGUGGUAUUGGUUAUUGCCGGAGCAUGUUAUUGUGGUGUUCGUUGUUAGUGUGUGUUCCCAUGGUGGGGAGAGGUGCUAUAUUUAGACUCCAUCAACUUUGGCAUUAAUACUGUGUGUCUUCAUGUUUGGUGUGAAGCCAAGUCAGCAUAGGUUAGCUCUGGGUCCUACGGGAACUUGUUUUUAAAUCGAAAAUCGAAAAUGAGUGUUCUUAUUGGACAACGUUCGCUACAAAAGGUUAUCCUGUUUGUGCCCACCGAACAUGGCCCUGGGAACCCAAAGGAUUUGUAGCAGAUCAUAGCACAAGAACAGUUUAGGAACCUCUGGAUUAGAUGAGAUGUGUGUGUGUUGUGCUUUUGAUUGAGCUAUCCACUGACUUGCCCACUCUGUUUCUCUUCUCUCCAGGUGCGACAGCCCAGAGAAGCUGAAGGCUCUUCUUCCCAGAUUAGAACAAGAGCUGAAAGACAGCGGAAAGUUCAGGACUUCUACCAGUUCACCUUCAACUUCGCCAAGAACCCUGGACAGAAGGGUUUAG